AAUCAAAUUUGGCAUCUGGUAACCCUGGUAUAUUAUUAUUAUAGGUUAAGUACUUACCUAUUUUUAAUUUUUUAAACAAUAUCUUUGUGGAAAUAUGAAUAGUAUAAAGAACUAUAUCGUAUAUUAUCUAAUGUUUGCAAUGAACAGAAAUAUUAUUCUAUAACCUUAUUCUUCGAUAAUUACAAUGUGUGUUGUUAUUUAAUGAUAAGAAAGUGCUUCUAUAAAAUUAUAAUUUAAUAUGAAAAUGGCUAUGAAACAAUUAAUAUGUCGAAUUUGCUUUGGCCGCACCCUGCUCGUGAGCAGUAAAAGUCGGUCUAUGGGCACACAACCGAGUGACACUCCACUACGACGUCUUCUGGAAGAUGCCAGUAGUUUCGGUGAAGCGCAGCCGUCGGAUGCAGAGCUGCAGUGGGCGACGCAGCCGUACGCGGUGCGAGCGGCCUCCGCCACCGGCCCUGAAAGUGGCCCUGCAGAACGGGUGCAGCCUCAAGAGACUACUAUAUUGCUAUUUCCUGGACAAGGAUCACAGAGAGUCGGCAUGGGCCGUCUCCUUUCAAAUAUACCUGCUGCCAAAGAAUUAUACGAGUUGGCUUCUAGUGUUGUCGGGUGGGACGUGUGGCGCGUGUGCACCGAGGGCCCGGCCGCGGAGCUGGACGCGCGCUGCCAGACGGCCGUGCUGGUGACGGCGCUGGCCGCCGUGGAGCGCGUGCGCGAGGAGCGGCCGGCCGCGCUGCAGCGCGUGCGCGCCGUGGCCGGCUUCUCGCUGGGCGAGAUCGCGGCGCUCGUGUUCGCGGCCGCGCUGCCCUUCGAGGCGGCGCUGCGCCUGGUGGAGCUGCGCACGGCGGCCAUGCGCGCGGCGGCGCGCGAGCGGCGCGGCGGCAUGCUGACGGUGUGGCUGGCGGCCGACGCCAGCCUGCCGCACGCGCUGCUGCGCGCGCGCGACCACGCGGCCGAGCGCGGCGUCGAGGCGCCCGUGUGCCAGGUCGCCAACUACCUCUACCCGAACUGCAAGGUCGUCGCCGGCGACGAGGAGGCGCUGCGCUGGCUCGAGCGGCACGGCGGCGAGCACGGCGUGCGGCGGCACGCGCGCGUGCGCGUGGAGGGCGCGUUCCACACGCCGCUGAUGGCGCCGGCGGCGGCGGCGCUGCGCGAGGCGCUGCAGGCGGUGCCGGCGGCGCGGCCGCGCGUGGCCGUGCUGGGCGGCGCGGACGCGCGGCCGUACGGCGACGGCGCGCACGUGCGGCGCGCGCUGGCGCGGCACGUGGCGCGGCCGCUGCGCUGGGAGCAAGCGCUGCAGGCGCUGUACGCGCGGCCGCGCGGCGCCGCCUACCCGCUCACGCUGGCGCUGGGGCCCGGCGCCGCGCUGCGGGCCACGCUGCGCCAGGUCAACGCGCGCGCCUGGGACUCCUCGCUGCAGGUCGACGUCUAGCGCUCGCCGCCGCCCGACCCGCCUCCGGUUCUAUAUUUUGUAAAUGGACCUCAAAAUUGUAAUAAACUUCCUUUGUUUCUUGUUUA